CGGUUUCAAUCGUAUCAUCGUUGACUCACGAGAGUUAGUCUCGAAACGAUCGCAGUUCGUGUUGAAACGUACCGUAACGUAAUCGUCUUUAUUUCUUCCACGUGAUUAUUGAAGCAUGGAAGUAUAUAAACUGGAAAAAUACCAAGAGGAAAAAAAAGACUGAACGAACAACAUGAAUUUUUCUAAUAAUUAAAUGGUAUCGUUUAUUCGACGAUUUAGUUCAUUUCUAUGAAAUGUUUAAUUAUUAUUUGUGUUACAUUAAUAUGAACGAACAAUCAUGGGCAAAACGAGCAAAAAGACAUUAAUUAUUUAUCAAAUAACAACGUCAAAAAAAGAAAUAAUGAAUAGACGCUCAUGCGCGUUAUUUAUAACUAGCAAACAGUUCGCGUAAGAACGAUGUGCUCAUAAAUAUUCAAUACUUCUGUUACACGGAUGUUGGUAUAUUGCAAGAAACGAUAAUUAUUCUUAAUAAUAUGAAAAAUUCAAAUACAAGUAAACAGGAAAUCAAAUCAUUCAAUCGAUCGAUCGAUCAAAAGAUCGAUUUUCUAUCGAAGAAAAUCAACCAUUUUCGUACUGUUAAUGUGAUAAAAUGAAAUAAUUAUGCAGUAUCGUACUUUUUAGAUUAAUCGAUAAGCAAUGGUUUUUAAUUGAACAUAUCACGUAGCGAAAACAAAAUAUGUCAUAAAAAAAAUAUUAAGUUGACACGGAACGAUAAGACUAUUAUCUAUCAUUAACCAGAACUAGAUCGAAUAUAUACUAUGAAUAUACGUAAGAGAGUAGAAGCAAUUCAGCCGAUUAAAGUGUCCAUUAAGAUGUGCUCCGUCUUAUUUCUACUCCAGUUAUCUAACGUUAAAGUAUUAUCAACUAUAUAGUGUCGACACGCUGAAAUUUGAGUUUUAAAAAGGACACUAUAAAAAUGACUCAUAUUUUAUUUAUUAUACUAACUAUAAAAGGAAUUGCCAAUUCUUGUGAAUUAAAAUUAAUUAUACUAUAUAACAUAUGUGUUAAAAUUCUACUGCUAGAACGGAACAAUUUUUUAAAACCUUACCCAACCCUUUUUGUCGCUCAAAUGGCACAUGGUACCGAAAUCGUUGAAAUAAUAUAUAUCAAUAGACAGUCAGGUAUAGGUAAGCAUGAAUAAUAUUUGCAUGUACGUGUGGGAAGACUGAUUAAUUUUUUUUCUUUCUUAGUCUCUCUAUCUUUCUCGUUCUAUCUUCAUGUUCCUAUCAAAAAAUCCAUCUGGUAUCUUAUCUCUCUUUUUCUCUCUCCUCUCUCUCUCUUUCUUUCUCUCUAUCUCUCCAUCCUGAUUUGUAUACUGAUCAAUUUUAUAAAAGCUACAGUCUGCAGAUUACUCGAAGACGAGCCUUCAAAGAGAGACAAUAGAAAGAAUUUACUCGUGAAAAAUUUCGAAACUGAUCGGUAAAAUCGAUAUCAUGACUCGUUGUGAGGCUGACAGAGGCUGGGCUUGGAUGGUCGUUCUUGGAGUCACCAUUAUUAAUCUAUCUGUACUGCCUAUUCAACAAUGUUACGGUCUUAUUUUUGGAAAGCGUUUCACGAGUCUCGGUAUCAGCGCGACGCAAACAUCCUUGAUACUUCAUUUAAACGGUACGAUAUGCUGCAGCCUGGGCUUGAUAAGUGGACCCAUGAUGAAGAAAUUUUCAUUUCGCAAAGUCGCUUUUUUUGGUAGUUUCACAGUCGUCAUUGGAAUAUGUACUACGGCAUUCGCUCUCUCUCUUCCUACCAUCAUUGUAGGCUAUUGCGUUAUUAUCGGAAUCGGACAAGGAAUCAACUAUCCAGCAACGAGUUUAGCAUUAAACACAUAUUUUAGAAAAAAACGUAACAUAGCAAUGGGACUUUGCGUUACCUUGACCGGUCUUGGUCCUAUUCUAAUGCCACUUUUAAUAGUGAAGCUUUUAGAUGCAUACGCUACUACGGGAACUUUAUUAAUUUUCGCUGGAAUCGCUGCGAAUUCUUUCGUGGGUGUUUGCUUGUUAAGACCGUUCGUAAAUAAGGACAACAUAACAACUGAGGACUAUGAUGUGAAAAAUACUACGGUGUCAAAUGAAAAUGAAAGUGACGUCGAAAAAUAUGUUGUCGAGUGCCAGUUAUUGAACAACCAAGAACAGAUUAAAAAACAAGAAAAUUUGGAGAAGUUUUUUAAAGAAGCCAAGACAAAAAAGAAACGUAGCUUUUUUCAAAAGAUCUCGGCUAAUCUGGAUCUCAUGCUUUUGCAAGAUUUACGUUAUAUUUUAGUGGUGAUAGGUAUGGGCAUAUCCUUGGUAGCUGAGACGAACUUCAAUGCGUUGAUGCCUUUCGUUCUCGAAAAAGUAUCAGGAUUAGAAAUAAAAGAGAUUGCGACUAUAAUGUCUAUCCAAGCUGCCUUUGAUAUCGCUGGACGUCUUUGUAUUCCUCUACUCGCACAAAAAGCGCAAUGGACUCCAAGAUAUCUUUACGUGAUAUCUUUGAUAGGAUCUACAUUCGGAAGGAUGAUUCUUUGUAUUUGGGGUGAUGAUUACCUCGUCGUAAUCCUAGUUGCUGUUAUCGUAGGAGUAGCAAAGGGUACAAAGGCUGUCUUUCAAGCUCUAAUCAUACCAGAUUACGUUCCAUUAGAAAGAUUACCAGCAGCAUCUGGUAUUCAAAUGGUUUGCAAUGGCAUUUUGUCUAUUAGUCUGGGACCGAUCAUAGGCAUGGUGCAUGAUUUAACUGGUAGUUACAUUGGUUCCUUGCAUUUCACUUCCGCGAUGAGUAUGUUUUGCGUAUUUUUGUGGCUGCUUGGAGGUCUUUGGUCUCCUCUUGGUAACCGUGUGAAAGUAAAAAAGAAUGGGGACACGCCGAAUGAAAAAUGUUCGUCGGAAAAUCAGAAUGAAAGUCCGGAUAUUCGAUGAUAUAUUCAGUUUUAUUCUAUAAAUUUAAAAGAAGUAUUUCUUAUAAAAUCAAAAAAUUCACAAAAAUUCCUCACUUCUUGUACGUCAUCUCUUCACUACGAAUAUGUGAGGCACUUCACUAGAAAAGUAUCUACAUAUUUAUAUAUAUAGCGUGUUACAAAAAAAUAAUUCAAUAUAAUAUUAAAAUAGAAGUUUUUACGAAAUCUUUUUAAUUGAAAAGAAAAGUUUUAAAAAUCGUCAUUUUAUAACGAAAAAUUAUAGAUCCUUGCUAUGAAUAUAUCUUAAAAAUUCGAUUUAUCCAAUUCUUAUUAAUGAUAUAUGAUAUUCGCGGAGGCGAUCAUCUCUAAUUCUAAUAAGUAGAUAUUCAUAAAAAAAUCGGGCUAAGAGCAUGAAUAACUCAGAGAUUUAACAUAGUUAUCCCGAUUUAAAUCCCGUUUCAGAUCACCCGGAGAUCUAACUAUUCUCGCAAAUCCCAUAUAUUUAUACUAUAACAAGAAUUACAAAAUCCUUAUUAAACAGUACGAGAAAGACUAAGAAGUUUCGUGUUUGCAAUAAUGCAUGUGUGAUAAUCAAAAGAAAAUGUAUAAAUUCGUAAACAUUAGAAUAAGAACAUUAGAUAAGAUAAAUCUUGGUAAUCCUUUAUUUGUUACAUAGGAUGUCCAGGAAAAAGUUACUGUCAUUACCAGAACCAAAAAUUCAUCAAAGUCAAUUUUUCUAUCCAUAUUAAUUGCAUUUUUUAUUCAGCUUGAUGGAUACUGCAUGUAUCUUUCAAGUUCUCUUUUUUAGCACUGUAUGUGGUAUUUCCGCUAACAGAUGUUAAUGCUUAAAACGACUGAUAUGCAAAUAUUCCUAAGUAUACCUAGUUUUUAAAAUAAUAUUUUAUUUAUCAUUGCAAAAAUGAAACAGUACUGAUAGAAGAAAUUAUAAGGAUACUUCGAUAUGCAUUCAAUUAUCAAGAUAUAUUUUGUUUAUUUACUACCUAUCGAAGCCUCGUUAUAUAAGCAUGCAAGAAUAAAUUCAAACAUACAAGAAUAUAUAAUAAACGAUCGUUUCGUUGAAGAUUCCUGAUAGAAUUUUCACUCACCAAAAUGUUUUUCUCUCAAAAGUAUUCGACAAAUUCCAUACAGGAUUAUUUGUUGUUUUAUUGGUUUUAUAGACAUAUAAAUCAUCUUUCUAUAAGACUAUUUCUAUAUAUUUACUGAUAAUAAAAUCUAUUAUAUACAAAUACUCCUUAUAAGGAGAUAUAUAUAUAUUCCAUAACUUAAAAUAAUCAUUUUAACCAAAUCGCGAAUAUGUAUCCGUUAUCAGGUGAAUACACUUUAUCUCGAUUUGCUUUUAAUUUAAGCAAACUGACUCAAAGUUUUAACAUUAUAUAUGUUACAGUUCUGAAACGUAUUCAAAAAAUUAUUUAAAUUAUAUUUUAAAAUGUUUAUUCUUAUUUUUUUAAAAAUGAAAAUAUUGUAGAAAAUAUGAAAGAAUAUUGUUGAAAAUAUUGGAGAUACGCAAACAAUUAACUCAGUAACAAUAGCAUUAUAGCAUUAACGUUAUAUCAUUAAUAUAUUAACUGCCACACUAAUUUUGUACAUUUUACUUUAAAAAUAUUUUUCAUUGUUACAAGCAUAUAAUGGUGAAUUAUUACAUACUAUAAUUAAAUAAAACUUUACUGUUAUCAAUAAUGUGUUUAGUUCACUGAUAGUCCUAUAAUCGUAUUAUGUACUUGUAUAAAAUUGCACAAAAUGGUAGUAAAAUAAUGCUAAGCUACACUGGUGAACCUCAUUUAUGAAAGUAUUAUAAUAAAGAAAAGAUAACUUAAAGAAAA